AUGAAUGGGUCGACACAGGAAGGUAGAUCUAAUUCUUCCUCACGGCAACCUAAGAGUUCUUCACCUAAGGAGGAGCCGAUGUCUUCAUCUCGGCGCAAUCUUUCGCUAUCUACACUUUUUGAUAGACUUUCCACUGAUGGGUCCAGGUUCGCCCUCCCUAUUGAGUCGGCGAACUACAAUGGCGUUGAACGAGAUAUGACAAGCUCAACAGCAUGUACUACGGACAACCAGAACGAAGGCUUCACUCUCCCUGAUAUUCUCCCGACUUUUGAAAUGUAUAAAAACUUCCACAGCAACAUGCCACAAUGUGACUUCGAUGAGUAUGUUGAUCAAAAAUCUCCUUUUUUUGAGGAUGUGUCGAGCUCGAGCAGCCAGGACAGCUCUUUGGAUUUUGGUCGUCGACCAAAUGUCGAAAUGAUUCGUGGUAAUUCAACCAGUUCAGAGGUUCACCCUACAAUUUUACGAGCCCCAUCCGUCUCAUCGAUGUUGCAUUCGUUGAAUGCUGAAUAUUCUUAUACCUCUAAAAUCAGAGAUAUACCAAUCGAAAAGCUCAACGCUUUGCCUAAAGAUGACAACUCAAUUUCAAUAGAACUAUAUGUGACAAAGGAAAUUCCUAAAUUUGGAGAAAAACCAGUGUACGAGAGCAUGGUGAAGGAGUUCACGUCCGGUGAUAUAGUCCAUGGUUAUUGUAUUAUUGAAAAUACGUCGACAAAGCCGCUAGAAUUCGACAUGUUUUAUUUAACCCUAGAGGGGACAAUGGUAACGACAGAAAAAGCUUUUUUCAAAACUACAAAAGCUAUAAAGACAUUUUUAAGGAUAGUGGACGUAGCGGAAGACUGGUCUGAUCUCAAUGAUCAUGCUAAUAAGGGAUCAAAUUUCUAUGACGUCAAAGAUUCUGUGGAUAACUCUGUACUUGGACUACAUAAAAAUGGUACACUAAAUCCUGGUGUUAGGUAUAAGCGAUUUUUCAAUUUCAAAAUUCCAAAUCAACAACUAGAUGCAACUUGCGAACAUGGUUUUUUUGCACAUUCUCUUUUACCGCCCAGUUUGGGUUUCGACAGGCCUGAUCGUUCAAAUACUGAAGCGGCAAAUUUGAAAAUCAGCGUCGAUUUAGGCUAUGGCCGUUUGCCUGAAAGAGGUUCCUCUAUUGUGACAAUGGAUAAUGCGGGCAGCAACUUAAUCACAUAUUCCAUAGAUGCUAGAUUUGUUGGUAAAAAUAAAACAGGAAGUCUGUGCAUUUUAGGUGAAAACAAAUACUGCUUAAGAUUCAUACCAUUUGGUUUUGAUUAUAAGCCUACCAGCAAAAGAGAUAGUCUCAAACAAUUGAGCAAUUUUGAUCUCAGGAUCAAAAAGAAGUUAGAGAGAGUAUCCAAAGUUAUCUCAAAGCUGGAAAAUGGAAGAACUAUUUCGGACAAAGAUCUUUACGAAAGUGCUGACUUAGGCCAAUUAGUACCCCUGCAAAAGAAUCAAUCGUGCGACCCUUUGAAAUCAGAAAAUGUUAAACUUGAGGCCGUCGGAAUGAAACACACAGUACGAGAAGACCAGGUAGGGUCUGAAUUAAGCUACUCAAUAAAAUCUGUUCUUGGUAUGAAUAUCACUGGGGGUUUUAUCAAGGGCUUCUACAAUAGAGAUUCAUCUUCCUCUAGAGCGAGCUCUGGCAAGAAAGGAUUGAUAAUGGUAAAGGCCAGUAUUCCUCGCGGGUCGGUGCCGUAUUGGUCUCCACCUUUAAUACGUAAGCAAAACGAAUAUAGCCUAAAGAACAAGCAGAGUCAACAAAAUUGGUCUCAAUUAGUUGACGUGCUCUCUGCCGACGAACAGGAAAAACUGGACAACCUGCAAUUUGAACUAUUUUGCAUUCAGGCGGCCAAUGGUGCGAAACAUGCGCCACCUGAAAUCGAGAGUAUAUCUACCCAACUCAUUUGCUUAACGGAAAAAUCAGAAAAUUGUCUGCCCGUAGAGUUUAACACAGAAAUACUGCUGAAUAGUCAUAAAUGUAAUGAAGUUAGAAGAAAAUUCAAAGACCGUUUGGAGCUCAUUCAAACAUACGAAACCAUAUUUCAGCAAAGACAAGCUGAAAUAAACUCUCUGUACGUCAGAUCUUCAGAGACAAAACGCAAUGAUCCACUAACUUUCUCAGAAUUCUUAUCUACCAAAGACAUUGAUGAUGUGCAAUCUAUAGCGAACAUGGGAGUAGAUGUUAUCUACUUGUCAAAAGCCUUGAAAUCAAAAAUUAGCUCAUCUAAGGAAAGUUCCUCCGGCUCAAGCUUGUUUAGCAUACUAUCUUCGGACAGUAACAAAACAGCUUCUACCACACUAGCAUCGUUUACGGCACGCUCCAAGUCUAUAUCAUGGGAAUCUAUUAGUCCAACUGAAUACAGGGCUGCACUAUGUAUUUCCGUAAAACUGGAAGAAAAUUACAAAGGAACCUUGAUCCCCAGCUUUAAAGGAUGUUUAUGUUCAAGGUCCUAUGUUGUACGUGUGAAGUUUAGUUUUACUGGUGGUGCGGGAUCCACUACUAUUGACGUCCCCAUUCAAAUAAAAAACGUACAUAUUUAA